UCAAGUCAGAAUUGGUUUUGACGGGGACUCCCGUACUUAGGUGCAGUUUGGUUUCGCAGAUACUUAUAGCCUUAGUCUAGACAAAAACGACGUCCGAUUACCCUUUUAAUCGCCCUGCGGUAAUUUACCAAAAUUUACCAAAGGUCCAAAAUGUCUAUCACAACUGAAAUGACUGAAGUCGAAGUCGAGAUUCCCAAGUUGUCGAUCGUGGUCGAGUUCACAGGUGGCCUUGAAAUGCUAUUUUCAGAUCAACGUCGGCAUUCGCUAUCUAUACCAGCUUCUAAUAAGGAUGGCAAGCCAGUAACGAUUGCUGGUCUAAUCGACCAUCUAUGCGAGAACACUAUGAAAGACACCCGGAAAGAACUCUUCGUUCUGGAAGAUCACCUACGGCCUGGUAUCCUUGUCUUGAUCAACGAUGCCGACUGGGAGCUGGAGGGUGAAGAGGCUUACGAAAUCCAGGCAGGGGACAACAUCCUAUUCGUUUCUACGCUACAUGGCGGAUAGCAUGGCGGAUAAAGCCGCACUCUGCUGGAACGCCCACACCACACCGCUACUCAAUUGUUGAUAGCGGCCGUUGUAUUCGUCAUAACUGCAUCAUCUCCCCGGAGAAGCAGUAGUGAGAAGAGGUCGGUAUGUCGGUAGCGGCCUCUGGUGCCUUAAGAGAU